CCUCGCGCAGGUAGGGAAGAGGCGGAGCGCCGGCGCCCCAGCCUUGUCGCCGCCGCCCCGCCGCUGCCCACUGCGCUCGCAGCCGCUUCCCGGGACGUGGGGCCUCCGAGAGGUUGGCCUGCUCGGGCCCUGCCCUGCCUGACCCACAGCCAUCUGUCAGUCCAUCUGUCCACCUUGACCCCAGGAGACCCAGAGAUCGAGGAAAGGAGUGGAGCAUGGUGUAGAAACCCUCCAGCAAGCCCAGGGAGCGCAGCCAGCCCUGCACGUCUGCAGGGAGGAAGCUGCGGGCCAGGCCCCUCUGGAUGCCCGUGCUGUCCUCUCUUCUAGCAUCGUGACCACCAUGGCCUCAGCUGACAAGAAUGGCAGCAACCUCCCAUCUGUGUCUGGUAGCCGCCUGCAGAGCCGGAAGCCACCUAACCUCUCCAUCACCAUCCCGCCACCCGAGACCCAGGCCCCCGGCGAGCAGGAUAGCAUGCUUCCUGAGAGGCCCAAGAACCCAGCCUACCUGAAGAGUGUCAGCCUGCAGGAGCCCCGUGGACGAUGGCAGGAUGGUGCAGAGAAGCGCCCUGGCUUCCGCCGCCAGGCCUCCCUGUCCCAGAGCAUCCGCAAGAGCACAGCCCAGUGGUUUGGGGUCAGUGGCGACUGGGAGGGCAAGCGACAAAACUGGCAUCGUCGCAGCCUGCACCACUGCAGUGUGCACUACGGCCGCCUCAAGGCCUCAUGCCAGAGAGAACUGGAGCUACCCAGCCAAGAGGUGCCAUCCUUCCAGGGCACUGAGUCUCCAAAGCCAUGCAAGAUGCCCAAGAUUGUGGAUCCACUGGCUCGGGGUCGGGCCUUCCGCCACCCAGAUGAGGUGGACCGGCCUCACGCUGCCCACCCACCUCUGACUCCAGGGGUCCUGUCCCUCACAUCCUUCACCAGCGUCCGCUCUGGCUACUCCCAUCUGCCCCGCCGCAAGAGGAUAUCUGUUGCCCAUAUGAGCUUUCAAGCAGCUGCCGCUCUCCUCAAGGGGCGCUCCGUGCUAGACGCAACUGGGCAGCGGUGCCGGAACGUCAAGCGCAGCUUCGCCUACCCCAGCUUCCUGGAGGAGGAUGCUGUCGAUGGAGCUGACACCUUUGACUCCUCCUUUUUUAGUAAGGAAGAAAUGAGCUCCAUGCCUGAUGAUGUGUUUGAGUCCCCCCCACUCUCUGCCAGCUACUUCCGAGGUGUCCCGCGCUCUGCCUCCCCAGUCUCCCCUGAUGGGGUGCAAAUUCCGCUUAAAGAGUACAGCGGCCGAGCCCCAGGUCCCGGGACCCAGCGUGGCAAGCGCAUUGCCUCCAAAGUUAAGCACUUUGCAUUUGACCGGAAGAAGAGGCACUACGGCCUGGGCGUCGUGGGCAACUGGCUGAACCGUAGCUAUCGCCGUAGCAUCAGCAGCACCGUGCAGCGGCAGCUGGAGAGCUUCGAUAGCCACCGGCCCUACUUCACCUACUGGCUGACAUUCGUUCACAUCAUCAUUACCUUGCUGGUGAUCUGCACCUAUGGCAUCGCACCUGUGGGGUUUGCCCAGCAUGUCACCACCCAGCUGGUGCUAAAGAACAGAGGCGUCUAUGAGAGUGUGAAGUACAUCCAGCAGGAGAACUUCUGGAUUGGCCCCAGCUCGAUUGACCUCAUCCACCUGGGAGCAAAGUUCUCACCCUGCAUCCGGAAGGACCAGCAAAUUGAGCAGCUGGUACGGAGGGAGCGUGACAUCGAGCGCACCUCUGGCUGCUGUGUCCAGAAUGACCGCUCAGGCUGCAUCCAGACCCUGAAGAAGGACUGCUCGGAGACCUUAGCCACGUUUGUGAAGUGGCAGAAUGAUACCAGGCUCUCAGACAAGUCUGAUCUGAGCCAGAAGCAGCCAUCGGCGGUUGUGUGCCACCAAGACCCCAGGACCUGUGAAGAGCCAGCCUCCAGUGGGGCCCACAUCUGGCCUGAUGACAUUACCAAGUGGCCAAUCUGCACAGAGCAGGCCCAGAGCAACCACACGGGCUUGUUGCACAUAGACUGUAAGAUCAAAGGCCGCCCCUGCUGCAUCGGCACCAAGGGCAGCUGUGAGAUCACCACUCGGGAGUAUUGUGAGUUCAUGCACGGCUAUUUCCACGAAGAGGCAACGCUCUGCUCCCAGGUGCACUGCUUGGAUAAGGUGUGUGGACUCUUGCCUUUCCUCAACCCCGAGGCCCCUGACCAGUUCUACCGGAUCUGGCUGUCUCUGUUCCUGCAUGCUGGCAUAGUGCAUUGCCUUGUGUCUGUGGUCUUCCAAAUGACCAUCCUGAGGGACCUAGAGAAGCUGGCUGGCUGGCACCGCAUCUCUAUCAUCUUCAUCCUUAGUGGCAUUACAGGCAACCUGGCCAGCGCCAUCUUCCUCCCCUACCGGGCAGAGGUGGGUCCAGCCGGGUCGCAGUUCGGCCUCCUCGCCUGCCUCUUCGUGGAGCUGUUCCAGAGCUGGCAGCUGCUGGAGCGACCGUGGAAGGCCUUCUUCAACCUGUCAGCCAUUGUGCUCUUCCUCUUCAUCUGUGGCCUCCUGCCCUGGAUAGACAACAUCGCCCACAUCUUCGGGUUCCUCAGUGGGAUGCUUCUGGCCUUCGCCUUCCUGCCCUACAUCACCUUCGGUACCAGCGAUAAGUACCGCAAGCGAGCCCUCAUCCUCGUGUCGCUGCUGGUCUUCGCUGGGCUCUUUGCUUCCCUGGUGCUGUGGCUGUAUAUCUACCCCAUCAACUGGCCCUGGAUCGAGUACCUCACCUGCUUUCCUUUCACCAGUCGCUUCUGUGAGAAGUACGAGCUAGACCAGGUGCUACACUGACUGUGCAGAGAUGAUGUCUGCCCCGGGCCGUGUGUCUGCAGGCCCAUGGGCGCUGAGCCCAGCAGCCCACUCCACAGACACGGCUGACUCCGUGUCUGGAGUACACGUGAUGGGUAGUAAAGGCAGGUUCCCCAGAGAGAUGACACCUCCCUUUCUCAGGCCUGAAUGUUCCUGACCCAAGUCUGGGGGACAUCCAGGACACCUGCUUCUCCGAGGCUCAGGUCCCAGGCCCUGCCUGCCUCUCUGGCCGUAUAGGGAUAAUGACUUUUCUUCCCAGGGCUUGGGCCUCUGGCCUCUGUGGGUGCUGUCUCCCCACUGUCACUGUGACUGUGACCUCGCCAGACACACAGCCGCUCCCUCGGUUGUCCCCAGGGUUGAGGUCCUUACCAUGCUGCUACAACCCCCCCUUCCUCUUCCUCCUCUCCUCCCUGUCCUUCAAGCCGUUCCUGUAUUUGUCCAUGGACUCAUGGGCCUGCUCCUGAGGCUCCUGGACAUAGCAUUGUGAGAAGGCUCUGGCUGUUGUCUAUGCAGGAUGGCAGCAAGGAGAGAUGGCUCUACGGGGACGCUAAGGGCUUUUGUUGAACAAAGAAGCCAGAUCUCCUCAGCCUAUCAGCUGCCUUAGCUCCAGCAUGUGUUUGGCUGCACAGGUUGGCUCUAAUGCCAGGAUGCCCCUACCACCUCUCGUCACUCCUGUGGCUGUGGGCUGAGCCUCCCUGAGGACUCGCUCCCAGGGGCGGCUUGAGGCUCAGUCAAGCCUGGUGUUUUGUUUGUUUUUCCAAUUUAUAUUAUGGUCCUAAUUUUGUAAAGUAACGCUAACUUUGUAUGGAUGAUGUCUCAAGUUUAUUAAAUGACCAUUCUUUAUCAAAA